CAUCUUAUCGGAGAUUGAAAUUAAUCGAGGAGAAACAUCCUUAUUUUUUUGGAAGAAAGAGAAAAUUAAAUAAACCAAAAAUAAUUGAGGGUUACAGUACUAAUAAUGACAAAUUAAAUAAUUCGUAACUUCACAAUCUUAAUUGCGUGUUACAUAAAAAAAUCGGCCAAUCGCAAUAGAUAAAAAAUGUUUUGACGGGCGCGGAGGUUAAAAAAAUGUAUUGAAGAUAAAAAAAUUCAGAAUAACUAAAAACAAAAAAAAAUGUACACAUUUAAUUUAGAGGGCUGAUGAGCUGGACCAUGGACGCGACCAUCCGCCACCGGCUAACCAGGCUGUACUUCGGCUCCGGCUUGGCUUAGCAAAAAGCUAGCUAGCAGCUCAGUGACUUCUGCAGGUAGGAAAUGAUGAUCAAGAAAGCGUCAACGGCGCAGGGGAUAGUGAGGCCGCCGGUGGGAUGCUGGAAGCCGUACUCCUCCUCGGCUCGGCUCAACAGCUCCUGGAACAUGGGAUGUUUGAGGUACGAGAUCGGAACCACGAACCGCUGCUGCCUCUCUCCGACGUAAACGGCUAAGUGACCUCUGGGGACGUCUCCGCCGCCGCCGCCGCCUUUUGAUCGAACUAUGUGCUUAGCAACAUUAAAAACUGUCUGCAAAUUAAUCCCCAUUAUGUUACGUAUAUAUUUAAUAAAACGAAACUAAGUGCGCUAGCUAUAGCUUUGGAGGUUUUGUAUAUAUAUAUACUCCACCAAUUAUGGAGGGUGUACAAUUUGGCGGAAGUUUCGGGUGAUUGAAAUACUCCGAUCCGUAUGGGAGUAUAAUAACGGAAUUGAAUAAUGAUGAAGUCACUCAGUCAAGUCACUUGUAUAUUUAUAGGAUCCUCUCACUCUAAAAAUACUCCGCAAGUCGCAACUCUUUUUUUUAUAGUUAUAUUUUUUAACUUUUGAUAAUUCAGAUGUCCACAUAAUCCCGAUGUCUAUGAAUUAUCCUUUAAAAUUCCUAGAGAGGUAAAUUCAGAUUUGAUCACAGUUAGCCUUGUCGAUACUGGUUCCAAAGGAUGAAUCCAACAGCUGGACCGGUCUGAUCUGUUUAAAUGUGGUCUGAUCUGUUUAAAUCUGAUCUUGUUUGAUCUGGUCUAAGACUGAAACUAGUCUGAGUAAAAAAAUCAUUACAUCAUUUGCUCCUUCCAAACUACUCAUGUUGCCUUCACAACCAUCAUCUCCCUUUUCAGGAGCUCAGCUACUCCGUGAAUGUAGGGAGAAUCGUGAGGAGUCAUUCCUUUCUUAUCUCCCCUAGGUGGGAUCAGUGGCGGAUCUAUGAAUUCAGCUAUGAGUGUUCAUUUUUUCUAUAUUUAAAAUUUAAAAAGAAAAUAAACAAUAAAACUAAAUUCAUACAUAUAUACGAGACUGAAACGUAGAGCUCAACCAUGAGAGAGAAACUCUCACAUCUCUCUAAAAUUCCUUCAACCUAAUUUCGGGAAUGGAUUACCGGCACCAACCACGCCGCCGGAAUCCCUAUUUUCAUCCUUUAUACCACCAAUUUGAGCCCUUUCGUCCACCUCAAUCUCAACCACGAAUCUUCACUGGGGUACAUAAGAGGAGGCACCCACACCAGAGGCACCCACACCAGGAAUACCAUACGAACUAUGGGCAAAGUCACCAUAAUCAUAGAGCAGCAUGUGAGCCUGAAAUGGAGGCACUUUUCAAUCACUCCUACAAUCCACAAUCUCAAUACUCCAACCAACAAUGGUACCUACAGAUUGAAUGCCCAGAAUGGCACCCAAAUCAUCACCCGGAACUCACAAACCAAUUCCACGCACCGUCCGAUUACAACACAAAGGACCCGGAAGUUUCUUGGUACACCGUCCAGAACACACGUCGACGCCGCCGCUCUUUUCACCCCCAAAAUCAGCGAAUCUGGACCAACAACUGGCGGUACACUGGUACGUCCAAUCGAUUUCUCCUAUUAGAUCAGGAAGAUGACUCUUCGAACCUUCCCCUACAACCACAAUCCUUUAAUAGGGAAAAUCUCUACUCCCAAAGUUUCUUGAAAAAAGAGACACGCCGAAUUCCUAUCGGCACAAAAAUACAGUCCGGCCAUUGGAGACGGAAAGGGAGUCACGCUAGACCCCUAAUAAGAAAAUCAAUUAUUCUAGAUGACCGAAGAAACUAUUUGGGAAGCCCGGCAUCUCCAUUACAGCCCAAUUUGGCUUAUAGGCAUGCUACACAUGUUGUCGCUUCGGGAAAAAAGGCACUCAAUUCUCAGGGGGCCGUCGGGAAGGACAGAGCCGUACUGGUAGUACCGGAGAGUCUAGGUCGAACACUAGGGAAGCGACCGUCCUCUAUACCUAAUGACGGAGCUGUUGAUCAGCCGGAGAUACUCACAGCGAAGAUCUCUUCAUUGGCAAUGCAGGGGCCAGCAAUCGAUAAACGAGCAGACAGUCUGUCAGGAACGGAGGCUAAUAUGACAGGUGCUGUACGCAGACUCACAUGGGCUGAAAUUGUGAGGUGUGAAACGGCCAACUUUGGAGACAAGGCCAGUACCUCUACUGAAAGCGUGGGUCCAUCCCCACAAAAUAAAGAAAAGCAAAUUAUUAUUUUCAAGGAUACUUAUAUUGACGCUCACAAUGAUCGGACCGUUCCUCUACAUGCAACGUCAGAUGAUUCGGUGGACUCUGAAAAAUUCCAAUUUUUUGGAGAAGAAGGCUUUGAUUCAAUCAAAAUUGAAUCCAAAAUCUUCAGAUUUGCUGCUAGAAAUAAUGAAAUUGAAAUUUUUGAGAUGCAAAAAUCCUCUCUAAGAAGGAUUAAUUUCAGAACAGAUCUUGCUCUUCCGAUCGUCCGUUUUAUCCACCAACUCACAGGCACAAAUAUUUUUAAACACAAGCAGAGCAAAACAUUCGGGUCAAUCACAGUCGCUGCCGAGUUCAACAAAUCAGGCCCUUAUCUGAAGAUUGCUAAGGAGAAUGGGACCUCAAUUUCAGUCCCGAUGGGCCCACAGAAAUGCAAUCUCAAAAAUUUUUUGACUUUAUUUUCUAAUUUUGCAGAAUUACCUUAUCUAGUGCGGGAGGAAAUCAUGGAUUGGGAGCAUGACACUUUGGGUGACUAUGAGGAAAUCACCAUCUCCAAACUUAUCUUUAACUUUGAAAUUCAGAGAGCCUUUGGCGAGAAACAACAACCCUUAUCAUUUGAGAAACAACCACAAAUCCCACUCCUUCAGGCUUAUUCUGAUGCCUCAGACAGCUUUGAUUAUUCAGAUGACUCUUUCUAUUCAGACGAUUUUCUUGGACAUGCAACAGAAAGCGAUCGUCGUCCCCCUUUAUCAAAUCCGGAAGAAAUUAAGAAGUCUAAAUUCAACAGAACAAUUUGCCGUAAAUCGAAGUUGGUCACCUCUGGAAACUGUCUGCCAACAGAAAAUCUGAACACCCAACUUAAAAUCUAUAGAAAAUCUCAGAAGAAUAAAAGGCGACAUAGCAUGACGACCAGAUCACAGUCCAGAGAUUUUCCUUGGGUCUAGUCUUGUCCUUACUUUUUUUUUUUAAAUGUAUUUUUGACUUUUUUUUUUGUGUCUUCUAGCAUUGUAAUUUUAUUUUGUCAUGAAUUAAAAAAAAAAAAAUGAGUAUGGAUCAAAAAAAAAAAAAAAUUCAUACAUAUAUACUAAGAUAUUUUUCAAAAUUCUAGGUGUUCAUGAGAACACCUUUGAACUAAAGUGGCUCCGCCACUAGGUGGGAUUGAACCCAAAACCUCUCACAAAGGAGAUAUUUGAUAGUUGAUGGCCAUCCAUUGGACUACACCACCUUUCCAAUUAUAUAUUUUUCAUUUUUUUUAUUCUA